GAUCAGCUGCUAGUCCUGCUUCGCUCUGGUUUUUUCGGUUAAAUUUGUGCGUACCGUCGCCCCCGUGGCGGGUACGAUGUCAAAAGCAAUGACGGACAUUCCGCCUCCUCUGCCGCCAAGGUUGGGGGCUGGCCUCCAAGCUGCAAGUCGGUCUGCUGAGCUCGACCACCUCAACGCGACUCUGCCAAGGUCUUCGAGCUGCUCAGACGUCGACGACAUGGAUUCUGACGGCGGAUAUACCGAGGUCACAAAUCGUCGGUUGAAGAGGAAACUUCGUAGGACAUCAAGCGUGAGUGAGCUUAACUACAAUAAGCCGCCCACACAGCAAGCGUACACAAUCGCCUACAUCCCCGUCGCUGCUACAGGCAACCUCAAUUCCCUCAAUAGGCAAACUCUCACUGCCUAUCUCGAGAGGCUGGCUCCAGGGCAAAUCAGAGAGGUACGAAUUAAUCCCAGAAGAAACAUACUUACUGUUGAUGUGACUACACGAACCAGCCUCGACACCUUGAAAGCUGUAACUGAGCUAGGAAAUAUACUUGUCCGCUCAUUCAUCGUACAUGGAGGCAGCACCACCGCUGGUGUUAUCUACGACGUCGAUACAGAUAUUGAUAAUGACGAUCUCCCAACGCUAAUCUCAUCAACCGUCCAUGUCACAGACAUACACCGUUUAGGACGGUCGAGGUGCAUAAAACUCAUUUUUGAGGGAGAGACCUUACCAACACAUGUCAAAGUGGGUUAUGUGCGCCAUCCUGUCCGUCCAUACAUCCCUAGGCCCUUGCAGUGCCGUAAAUGCCAGAAAAUCGGGCAUGUAAGUGCUGUGUGCAUGAACAUGAUGACAUGUCCGCGAUGUGGUGGUGAUCACGAUCAGUUGACGUGUGCUGGCUCUGACUUGAAGUGCCCUAACUGCGAUGGGCCACACGAGGCAACGUCGAAGGACUGUCCAAAAUUAAAGACUGAAAUGUCCGUGCUAAGGAAAAUGGUACGAGAUCGAUCUACACACAGAGAAGCUGCUACCAAGGUCCACCGCCGCCAGAGGCGCUCACGUAAUCGCAGAAGGAGAUCAGCAUCGACAACAGGACAACCUGUACUCCAGGAAAAGUCGUCGCGCGCUCAUGCUAGUCCUCAAACGUCACAGGCACCUUUAACCACGUCUACUCUUCUAAACACCAAGGACACUACAAUAUGGCCUUCCCUGCCAUCUCGGAGUACAGAAGUGCAGCCGGAACGCCAGCGUGACCAUGAACCUUCAUCGUCGGAUAGGCAUAUCAAGGCAAUGCUUGCACAGUUGAUUCGUUCCUUGCGAAUGCUGCUCAUCGGAGUUAAGACGCCCGUUGCAAAGGCUGCGGUGCAAAUUCUCGACGCACUAGAACCAGUGCUUGCUGCUGUAUAAAGGCUAGUAAACGCCAUGGCAUCAUCAACUUCAAGGUUGUCACUACAGGAAAGGAUAAACGGUUCCGUAAUAUUCCAGUGGAACGCACGAGGUCUACGGGGUCGCCUGGGAGAUUUUAAACAGAGAGUGCUCAAGCAUCGGUUUCCAGUUAUCGUAAUAUGCGAGCCGAAUAUGACAUCGCCAUUUCGACUCUCCGGCUAUGAACAAUUCGCGUCUGGGACAAGUGGAAAUACUAGCAAAGUUUUGCUAUGUGUGCGAUGUGACCUCACGUAUUCGCUAAACCAAGUUCCGGUGCAUAACAGCAAUGAGUACGUCUCGAUAACACUGAAGCUAAAGCGCCGGAUAAUCUCGAUCAUCGGUGGCUAUAUUUCUCCCAGGGGAAGAUUUGACUCUGGACACCUGAAACUCGUUCUUGACUCUUGCCAAGGACCUCAUAUUAUUGUAGGCGAUUUCAACGCGCACCACCAUCUCUGGGGUAGUAGCAUCACAAACCUUCGAGGAAGACAACUUCUUAACUUCACAAGCAGCAAUAAUCUUGAGAUCCUGAACGAUGGCUCACCAACAUUUCUUCGUGGCACGACGUACAGCAGCUGUCUCGAUUUAGCUAUCGCUUCACGAUGCCUUUCGUCUUCUGCUGCCUGGUGCACAGAUGCUGAAACGUAUGGCAGUGAUCACCUACCUACUUAUGUACAACUGAGGUGGUUUACAAGACUUCCAAGUUCUCAUACGCGACGCACUGACUGGGAUGCGUUUCAGAACAAGCUAGAAGAAUCUUGCAACUGUGUAAUUUCACCGAAAGAGAUUGAAGAGCGCAUUAGAGCAGCAAUGCACGCAACAACACGCAUCAUCGAAACUUCAAAUUCAAGAACAUCCGUUGACGUUAUAUAUGAAGAGCUGCGGGCAGUCCGACGUCGCGCCGAGAGGAAAUACAGGCGAACUAAAUUGAUAUCAGACUUGAGGACGUCACGCCGUGUGCAAAAGAAAAUUCAAAGAUACUUAGACAAGCUCGACAGGCAACGUUGGAGGUCAUUUUGCACCAGCCUGGACCCAAGAAAACCGUUGUCCACAAUAUGGCAUGUUGUACGAGCACUACCAUCUCCUCCACAACAGCUACGUCCCUUCCGAGCUUUGGCUAUCAUCCAGACGCGCAGUGAGAAGGAAAUCGCGGAAGAUUUCUGCAUACACCUCUCUGGAUCUACAACAUCGGUAGCUUCAGUGCUCAGGUGUGCUCCUCCAACAAUGGACGAUCGCCUCGACCUCCCAUUCACGCUGCAAGAGCUACGUGCAGCGAUUUCCUCCUCAAGACACUCAAGUGCGCCUGGUCCUGAUGGCAUUACCUAUUCCACCUUGCGCCAUCUAGGCCCUCGAGCGACUGAAGAGCUCUUGGCUUUAUACAAUCUCUCGUGGUCCUCGGGAACUGUGCCUGCACAUUGGAAGACAAGCAAAAUUGUGGCAUUAUUGAAACCAGGCAAGACACCCCAUGCUAUGCUUUCCUACAGACCUGUGGCGCUUGCCAGUUGCAUAGGUAAAACCAUGGAACGCAUGGUUUUGACGCGCCUGGAGUGGUUUUUGGAGAAGCGUAAUAUAUAUCCAGACGCAAUGACAGGUUUCCGAAAGGGUAGGUCGUCAAUCGACAGCGUCAUUGACCUAGUAACAACUGUUGAACAUCAGAAACGUCGCCGUCGAUUAACGGCGGCUGUCUUUCUAGAUAUCAAGGGUGCUUUUGACAACGUUCUCCAUGAUGCCAUUUUAAAUGCCCUAGAAGAAUGUGGCGUCGGGGGACGUAUGCAUCAAUGGAUAGCCAGCUAUCUUCAAGAGAGAACGAUAUUCAUGACAACUCCAGACGGGGAAACAAAGAACCACCCCGUCUAUCGUGGAGUGCCUCAAGGAGGUGUAUUGAGCCCAACCUUAUUUAAUAUCGUUCUCAUCGGACUGAUCAAAGAACACGCAGGCGCAGUCUCGGUCUCUGUGUAUGCAGACGACAUCUGUAUAUGGACCACGAGCUUAACGCGCUUACAAGUGCAAACGAAGCUGCAGCGCGCGGUGUCAAUAACGUCGACAUACCUAAACAGUCGCGGACUGCAGCUUUCACCGGAAAAAAGUGCAACCAUGGCAUUUACACGAAAGUCAAUGGCCUGCUACCCCGUUAUGAUUGAUGGGAAGAUUAUACCUUCAGUAACCGACUACAAGUUUCUCGGAGUCAUCAUCGACCGUGACUUAUCUUGGUCGAAGCACCUCUCAGGAUUAAGAAAAAAACUAGACAGCUUUACUCAGAUCAUUCGACAUAUGUCUGGAAAAUCAUGGGGGCCAUCCAAGUCAUCUCUUCUGCAGCUCUACCAGGCACUUUUUGUUGGCUACUUCCGCUACAGUGCGCCUGUACUUUCUCGGGUUAGUACAACUGCUGUACGCACACUUGAAAGUGCUCAGGCUCGCGCACUGAGAAUUUGCCUAGGACUACCACGAUGUGCAUCUACUUGGGGCACUAUUGCAGAGGCACGUGCAUGCCCAGCUCGAGUUUAUCUGCAACAUGAGCCAUUGCGAGUGCAUCUAAGGGUACUGACUAGACACAGGAACCAUCCACUCACGAACGUCACACGCGUACGGCCUGUCGCCGCCUACUCAGAAGCCGUGUUGUCGCAGCAAGACUUAUUGCCGUCGGACUUCGAACCGUAUGACAUACCCGAAGUUCCACUCUGGACGAUGGCAAAGCCAAUGGUGAGGCUCUCAA